AUGGAUAUCGACGGGAUUGAAUUGUGUGAUGCGAUGUUUUUAUAUAAUGUCUUAAAUCAGGCAACAGUUUAUUCGUGUUUCAGCGAUCCAAGUUAUCUCUUAUUACUAGAUGUUCGAUCGAGAAAUAAUUAUGAUAUUGGCCAUAUUAUUACCGCAAAAUAUGUUCAUCGGGAUGAAAACGAUGAAACCCUAAUACCGUAUGACGCAGAAUUAGAAACAAAACAUUACUGCAUUGUUUAUGAUAACAACAGUAAAGAUCUGUCGAUGACCAAUCCUGCUGUUCGAUGUGCUCAGAAGUUGUGGGAUAAUGGGAGCAAAUUUCCAGUGAAAGUUUUGAACGGUGGUUAUGAAUUAUUUUCUGCUAUUUACCCAUUUUUAAGAACACAGAAGGUUAUUUAUAUGCCUAGGGAGCUGGAUGCCAUGCCAAUUUAUCCCAUAGAAAUUAUCCCACAGUUUCUCUACGUUGGUAAGCGAAAGCAAGCUAUGACACGUCAUAUACAAGUGGAAUUGAAAAUCGAAGCGCAUAUUAAUGCGUCGUCUGAUAAUGAAGAUAGAGACUGGAGCCUUCGCAUGGAUGUCCUAAACUUGAGUGAUGUAACGGACAGCGUCGAAGGAGAUAUUCUUUCUCACUUAGAAUCUGUUUGCAAAUUUAUUGAGAAACACGAACAACAAAAUCACCGCAUUUUAGUUUAUUCGGAGAACGGAAUAAGCCGAUCUAUUACUUUAGCUCUUGCCUAUCUAAUGUAUCGCGAUCAUGUUACUUUAAAGGAUGCCUACAAUUACGUCAAACAAUGUCACCAUUACAUUCGUCCUAAUAGGCAUUUUAUAUUCCAACUAUCUAGUUGGGAAAAUAACUUACAUGGACAAAGUAUUACUGACAUUAGUGAUCCGUACUUUUGA